AAUGUUAUAAAAAAGUACAGUUUGACGUUUGAUUUGACACAUUUCGGUUUGAUUGGAUCGCAAGCGUUGUUACCGUGUUUCUUUUCAUUUUAUUGAAAUUUUUUAUUAGUAAAAUUGUAAAUAGUCAAAUUGAGCAAACAAUCGUAAAAAUAUAUUUAAGUUAAAAGUGUUAUUUAAUACAAACGUACAAUCAGAGUAAUAUGGAAUUGUUGCAGGGAGGCGAGCCGCGGCCGCUGCCCCCCUCGGCCCCCUCGCUGGCGCCCCCCGCAGCGCCCGCGCCAGGGGGCUUUCUGGCCGCGCCGGUGUACGACUUGCAGCAGGUCGGCGACGUGUUCACAGGUCCGGGCGCCAAGUGCUCGACGCUGCCGGCCAUCCUGGGCGGGUCCCUGCCGCGGCUGUCGGGGGAGCAGGCGGAGGCGGUGGCGCGCGCCAAGAAGUACGCGAUGGAGCAGAGCAUCAAGAUGGUGCUCAUGAAGCAGACGCUGGCGCACCAGCAGCAGCAGAUGGCCUCCCAGCGGACACAGGUGCAGCGCCAGCAGGCGCUCGCGCUCAUGUGCAGGGUGUACGUAGGGUCGAUAUCGUUCGAGUUAAAGGAAGACACCAUAAGGCAGGCGUUCCUGCCGUUCGGGCCGAUCAAGUCGAUCAACAUGUCGUGGGACCCGGUCACGCAGAAACACAAGGGGUUCGCGUUUGUUGAGUACGAGAUCCCGGAGGCGGCGCAGCUCAGCUUAGAGCAGAUGAACGGCGUCAUGCUCGGGGGCAGGAACAUCAAGGUGGUGGGUCGUCCGUCGAACAUGCCUCAAGCGCAGGCCGUCAUCGACGAGAUCCAGGAGGAGGCCAAGCAGUACAACCGCAUCUACGUCGCCUCCAUACACCCCGAGCUCACCGAGGACGACAUCAAGAACGUGUUCGAAGCGUUCGGCCCCAUCACGUACUGCAAGCUGGCGUACGGCGCGUCGGCGCACAAGCACAAGGGGUACGGGUUCAUCGAGUACGCGACCCUCGGCGCCGCGCUCGAGGCCAUCGCCUCCAUGAACCUGUUCGACCUCGGCGGCCAGUACCUGCGCGUGGGCCGCGCCAUCACCCCGCCCAACGCGCUGGCCGGCCCGCCCGCCCUCUGCGCGAUGCCCACCGCGGCCGCCGUCGCCGCCGCGGCCGCCACUGCCAAGAUACAGGCGAUGGACGCGGUGGCGAGUAACGCGGUGGCGCUGGGCCUCACGAAGCUGUCUGCGCUGGGCGUGCCGGCCGCCGCCGCGCUGCCCUCGCUGGCCGCCGCGCUGCCGCUGCCGCUGCCCUCCAUACCCGCCAUACCCGCCAUACCCGCCAUACCCUCCAUCCCCGCGCUGCCCGCGGUGAUCCCGCCGCCCGGCGUCGUCAUACCGGCCGCGCCCCCCGCGCCCGCGCCCGCGCCGCACCCGCCCCAGCCACGCAGGACGGCGGAACCUAUGCCAACGGGGGGUGGGAACAUGGGCGGCAAUAUGGGCGGGGGUAUGGGAAACAUGAACGCGGCCAACGCCAACGCAGAAUCCGGCGCCCAGGCUGCCUUACAGCGGAAGCUGUUGGAGUCCUCCCCCGACACGCUGCAGCAGCAGGAGUCGCUGUCCAUAUCCGGCCAGUCCGCGCGACACCUGGUCAUGCAGCGGCUACUGAGGCGGCGCGCCUCCAGGACCCUCCUGCUGCGGAAUAUGGUCGCGCCGCAGGAAGUGGACGACGCGCUGCAUCACGAGAUACAGGAGGAAUGCUCGAAGUGGGGCAAGGUGGAGCGGCUCGUGAUCUACAACGAGCGCCAGAACGAGGACGACGACCCCGCCAACGCCAACGUCAAGAUAUUCGUGCAGUUCACCGAGCCAGACGAGGCGUCGAGCGCGGCCGGGGCCCUCAACGGGCGCUACUUCGGGGGCCGCACCGUGCGCGCCGCGCUCUACGACCAGGACCUGUUCGACCACGGCGACCUCUCCGGGUAGACUACCGCUACGGAACAUAUGAGCAAUACACAAGCAAUCGACUACACUCCCCUUACUUUAAUUAUAAAUUAAAUAAUCAUUACGACACACGUUG